AGCAGCAGCAACAACAGCAGCAGCCCUUCCCAUCGUUCUCUCUCCCCACCCACAUUCCCAAUCAGCCGCUGCCAGUGCCCGCGCCGCUCAAUCCACCAGCGCCCGUCGCCGCUACCCCGUCGGAUCCUCUCCUCUUCGACUCGGACGACUUGAGCAGUUGGAGGCUCGCCGUUGACCCGUUUCAGUUCUCCUCAGGCCUCGAAGGAAUCUCUGGUCUGCCCUUGGAGGUAUACCACGCCACCUCUGCCCUUGGUCAAGCUCCUCCGCCGCCCCCUGCUGUCGAUAUGCGCCGCAUCAAUGAAUGGGCGCCGUCUUACGAGACCCAGGUGGACCAGCUCGACAAGUACAUCAAUGAGCUCAUUUCUCUGAUGGAGCCCUUCUCGGCCACGCCAUCCAACCCAUCCCCAGCACCUCCGCCACCAUAUCUACACACACGCCUCGCACGCCUGGCCACGCUCGUGCGCGAGACAUUAGCGACGCUCGAGACGUCUUCGCAGCCUGCACUGUCCAUCGAGUUCCUUCGUUUGCCGCCGGGCAACGAACCGCCCACGGGCGAGGACAUGACGGAAGCUGAGCGUGAGAUGGAGCUCAUCCGACGCCGGCGUGAAGUGCUCAACACCAAGGCCCAGCAGGGCAAGCGAGUAGGCGGGACUCCAGUGCCUCCACGGCCGCCAGGCCAGCCAAUGUUCCAAGGCCGUCCGGGUCCGGCCCCAUUAGCACCCCGGCCUAAUCGCGACGUCUGGCGCUGUCAUGGAUGCGGUACGACCGUGUGCGACGAGUGGCGCGAUGGUCCAGAUGGCCCACAGAGCCUGUGUGUCAAUUGUGGCUAUCACUACGACCGCCUUGUGCGCAAGCGCGAGGGGGGUGAUCCCGACUUUUCCACAGUACCAGCUCCAGGAUACAACCCCGAUUUACUCGGAUCACUCAACGGGUUGUAACCCACACUCAUAGACAAUGAUUGCUCCGCCGUAAAACAAAACCAUCUCGCAAGCAGCUCCCAACGCCCAGCUUGCAGGCCGCGUCGGUGUACGCAGUGCGGUUUGGCAUCUUUCCUUUGCUUCUGUCUCCCUCUCAACCUCUCUCUCCUCUCUCUCUCUCUUGGGUCUUGCGACAGCCUGUGCUCUCCGCAAUUGCAGUGUUGUACAACUUGAUAGAGCGGCCGCGUGGAUGUUCCACGCGCAUGGCAUGCAUCGAUGCCGCCAGUCGUGCCAGUCGUGUGCG